AUGUCCAACCAAUUUAAUUUUGAAGGCAACAGCCUAUCCAUUCUCACGAGUCCGCGUUGCAGAACCCUCGUUCCACCUUUCAGGUACAACGUCCAAUCAUUGCAAGUCGCGGAUGGUGCUCAAUGCGAAAUCUUUCAGGGCCUCGGUUGCCAAAACAUGCUGGAUGUCGUUGCGGAAAGCAAUCCGCAGAUUGACGAGGGGGACCAAUUUUAG